CUAAUCCCUACAUGAUCGCUAAUGGGUUGAUAUAACUUUAUAUUGUACUCUUAUCUCGACAUGGAUAACAAAAUGUGUAAUAACACCCCAGUGUGAUCAAACUUUCUAUCUGGUCAGUGCUCCCCAUUGGUUAAACGUGUUAUAUUUCAGAAUUAGAUUUUAUAUUUUAAGAAAUUCUUUUCAGCCUCCUACAGACAUAUUCAUGGUAUUUCCGUGUGUAUAAUGCAAGUGGCGGCGAACAAUAUUCUUGUUAAAACUAGCAGGGACAUUACAGCCGGUAUAAGGAACGCUUCGUGCAAUCGCGGAUGGCUUCAGGUUUUCACUCACAUAGUCUGUGGGGCCUUCACUGUCACAAGCUUCAUCUUGAUCUUAAUCGUCGCAUUUAACACUACCAAGACUAAACCGAACUUUGCUGAGUCACGCUGUCAGCUCUCCGGUUGCCGUGUCAUCUGCCAUGGGGCACCAUUUUACGAUGAAUAUGAGGACGACAUUGUGUUGGGCGUUAUGGCUGCAGAGGUGAAUUGUCACAGAGUAUUUUUGACUUUGACGGAACCCCGUUUUACUGAUGAAUCACUGCCACAGAACUGGCUUUCAAGACUACGGCCGGUGGUGGUCGAAAUCGGUAUCAUAGGCGGAAACCUUCACCACAUACCACAGAAUGCCUUCUCUGUUGCCUUCGCAAGAAAUAUGAAACUACUGUUGUUAGAAGAAAUAACUAUUACAUCGUGGAGUCAACACGCAUUGCUAGGACUCGCAAACUUAGAAAACAUUUUUAUAAAGAAAUGCAACAUUAUUGACAUGCAAGAUAAUUUUCUGUCUGCAGUGAGCCAAUCUUUAUCAACAUUAACAGUAGUAGAAAGUGGUUAUUGGAAUCCCGAAAAUCUUACAGGGUCCUCACAGUUAUUUAGUUUUCCUAUGCUGACCUGGGUAGAUUUAUCAAGCAACGACUUCGGUGCAAAUUUAGGAAAUGCAAGCUUUACCAGAUUGAGGCAUUGCAAGUCACUAUACCUUGCUUCCAAUAGGAUCUCUUAUAUAGAACCAGGAACAUUUGAUAAUCUGAUAGAAUUGGAAUAUUUAAAUUUAAAUAAUAAUUUCCUAAACCGCCUAGAACCGGGUUUAUUUAAUGUCAUGACGUCAUUUUCCACGCCAAAAGUUAGAUUAAAUCUGGUAGAAAAUUGGUGGCAUUGUGAUUGCUCGGACAGGGAAUUAAGACGAAUAACUGCGCUCGCUAUACUAUUGGUAGAUCCGAUUUGCAACUCUCCCGAAUCUGUGCGAGGCAAAACGUUUCAUGAAUUCGUCGCUUAUUGCAAACAAAGUGAACCAAAACAAAUAGUUACUGUUGAUAUGCAAAGUAGAACUGUUGAAAAUGAAGAAUCGAGCAUAGAGAAAUUUACGUGCGUCUCAAAAACUUCUUCAGACUCUGUGUCAAAUGUGGUAUCACCUUAUCACAACUAUCAAUGCUCAGUGAACGUCCUCAACUCUCUUUCUCAAGGUAAUUCAACGAUGAUAGACUAUACUACUUCAAAAGACAGUUUGUGGGUCAAACCGGUUAUAAUUCUUAUAGGCGAAAAUUUUACAAUGGUCGAGUUAAGUUUAUCAAGAACUGAAGGUCAUGGGCUUAUUUGGUAUCGACAUUCAUGUGCGAAUCAAGUAUUUUGUGUAAACGUCUUACCAGAUACAAUUCGACUUUAUAAUAUGGAUAUGUAUAAUGAGUAUACUUUUUGCCCAGUAGAUCUUAAAUCAGGUGCUGUUGAAAGUUCUCAUUGUAUUGAUGUUUCGUCGAACAACACAAGUAAUUCUUCUUUUAAAACACGAUUAAUAAUAUUACCUUUAAUAGCACUUGCUUCUCUAUUCUUUGGGGCUAUCACAUUGUACAUGCUUAUUCGAAAAUAUCCCUUUCUAUUGAAAGGAAGCAAAAGACUGCUAUUCGUGAAGCAUAAAACGGUAGAUGCCUUAGUGUUGCCACCGAAGGUACCUUUACGUGGAGUUCAGAGCAACAGUUUCUUGCAUAAUUCCAAAGAUAUUCCAGACAUACCGACAUCUUUACGAGUACAUCAUGAUUUCAUGCGAUCGGGCUCCGUGAGAAGUUGCCAUAGUAUCGCCCCAAGCUAUAUUUCCGCGCUACACCCAACUGAAGAGCAACUAGCGGAUUGGCGCUUGAAACAUGCUAAUGAACGUUUUGACAGCCAUUAUGCAACGGUAUCCAUAAUUAGCUCCGCAGUAUCGGUUUCCUUGUCAAGUAAUAGCGAUCACUUGUAUUACUCAAUUGAGGAAGAUUCACCAAUCGUUAGCAUCAGUGAUCCGUUUAGUCAGAAUUUAGAAUAUGAACCUUUUAGUGUUUCUUAAUUUUCUUAUUAGAGAGCAGUAUUGGAGUGCCGUCAAUUUUCAUCACCGGGUCCUGAGUACCUAUUCGGAACAGAUAUUCGUACCUAUUCGGAACAGAUAUUCGUGAAACCUUUUGCAAAAGUCGCUCACGAUGAAGGUUCUGGGCUUUAUGGCCCCUCGCGGGAUCGGUAUUUGGCAUGCCAGGUAAAAUUACAUCAAAAUCGAUUUGCGCAUAACUGUCGCUAUCUAUGAUUAAAAAUAAAAAUAUACCUAGAGUACAUCAUUUUUGUGCGUGUGUGCCAAAUUUCAGUGCACUCGGACUAUUUUGAAAUUUAUCCAUACAAAUUACCUACAGAUGUUAUUGGCAAAAAAUAUUGUGUAAACUUGUUUAUUAAACCUUUUGACAAUACAAUGCAAACGAUUUCACUAAAAUCUUUUCGAAUACUGGGAUUUCGUAGUUUUUGCAUUUUUAAAUCUAACAGCUCCCCACUAAAUAAUAAAUAUCAAUGUUAAUAUUUAUGUUUUAUUUAUAAAUUUCAGUAAUAAUGAUUAGUCUAUUUUCAGUAGAAUGCUAAGCGCAGAUGUUCCGCAGCAUAUUUAUUUGGACAAUGUGUCACGGGACGAGGUGACCGGGCCCGCGUAAGCGCAUGCAUCGUGAAUCAAUCGUACACAGCUGCUUCUGACAUCAAUUUGAAUUCACUGCAAACAAUAUAA